CAAGUUUUAUUAGAUUAUCAAAUAUCUCUCUCUUUCACAGAUAGAUUGAGCUCUGCUCGGCGCGGAGACCUAAAGAAUAGCAUUUUGUUAAGAAGAGAAUUAGCUAAGCUAAGCUAAACUUCUUUUAAAUUCAUCAACAAAUUGGAAUGGGACGAUCUAUACCCAAGUUUUCAUCCUUCUCUCCACCUUAUAGCGGUGAAGAAAAAAUGCUGUUGCAGCUUGAUCUUGCUGGGAAAGUGUUAUACCUACUGACACUCAUUGUUUUGCUACUUUUGUAUUUACGAAAGUGCAAACGUAAUCGCAGAGGUGGUCGCCAUGUCCAAACUACCAACCGUGUCAACGUCGUUCGUGGUGAUAAUGGAGGCGAAACCGUCAGGGGUCAAAUUGUUAGGAGAGUCCGUGCCAAUGUUGCCAGUGGUGAAGUCGGUGUUACAACGGGCGGUCAAUACGCUGGGGAAGUCCGUUUCGAUGUUGCCGGUGAUGAUGACGGCGGUACCAUUAACGGCGAAAUUGCUAGGAGAGUCCGUGCCAAUGUUGCCGUUGGUGAAGUCCGUGAUACAACGGGAGGUCAAUACGCUGGGGAAGUCCGUUUCGAUGUUGCGGGUGAUGAUGACGGCGGUUCCAUUAACGGCGAAAUUGCUAUGGGUCCAACUUCACUUGCUGCCACUAUGCCUUUUGAAUUUAAUUAACAGUAAAGUUUUAAAAUUAAAAAAAAAAAAAAAAAAAGGUCUAGUGAGGUGUUUGGUGGUUUGGCGCUGUUUAUUUUAGUUAAAUAAGGUGUGUGAGGUUUUGCCAUUUUUUCCCAUGUACCGU